CGCUGGUGCUCGCUUCGAGCCCAAGGACAAGGCUGGCAUUGCCCACUUUAUCAAGAACUUUGGUUUCAAGGUAUCGACCGUAUUCACUGUGGUCCCUACAGGACGUUCACACCAACCCUCGAUCGCAUCCGACUCUAUCGCCAUCACGCUGUCCCAGACACAUGGGUGCGAUUAACUGGAUACUAUACAGGAAACAUUCGCCAGAUUGAAUGCAGCAAACGACCUGGCGAUCCUUAGGAUAUGGAGAUGUGUCUUUGCGACCAUCAUAUCGUUGCCUGCACCACAUCUGAAGGGGUUUCUAGGCUAUCUUUGUGUCUACAACUACGAUCGAAUUCCUCAGGAGCGACUUUUCAUGAAGACACGCAGGACAAUGGAAUUACCAGGAACAUAUGCUACGCCUCGAUUACUUUUCUCUUCUUUUCUUAGCGAUAUCUAUAUCCCAACACUGUCUUUUGGACGAUAUUGACGUGCGACGAGCAAUUGGGCACUAAUAUAAACGCACGUCUUCCUAUACCUUAUUCAUCUCUUAGAACAACGGCAAGCGCUCUGCCUUCCGUAUCGCCCGUGAGACCGAG